AUGGCAAAGACGGGGGCAGGAGAUAAAGAUGAGAUAUUGGUUUCACCAUCAAAGUUUCUUGUUUUGUCUGCAGAGGGGAAGGUAGAAGAAGAGGAUACUGAUGUUGAGGAUGACAAGCAAUCGGAGAAAGAGGAAGAAGAGGAGUUGGAGGAUGGAGAAAUAGAUGGAACAGUCAAAACAAAAAGGACUGAGAAACUAGAGAAGCCAGAGGUGAAGGAGACUAGAGCUCCGAAGCUUGCGCCUUCAGUUUUGGAUGAUUAUUCUGUUAUAAUGAAUUAUGAGUUUAGCCAUUUGGGUCGUAUAUGGGUGGUGUGGAGAAGCAAUGUUCGAGUUACACCUUUCUUUAAGAGUGGGCAGAUGAUCACUUGCUCGAUCAAGAUCGAAGGGAACGAUGACGAGUUUUUCUGCUCAUUCGUUUACGCCUCAAACUUUGUGGACGAGCGUAAAGAACUUUGGAGUGACAUUCGGGAUCAUUACGACUCGCCCAUUCUUCGGAAUAAGCCGUGGUUGAUUUUUGGAGACUUUAAUGAGAUUCUUGAUGGGGAGGAGCACUCAAGUUUCGAAAAUGAUCCAAGUACAACUACUGGUAUGAGAGAUUUCCAGGACUUAGUGAGAGACUGUUCUCUUUCAGACAUGGCCUCCCAUGGUCCCUUGUUCACUUGGAGUAAUAAGAGGGAACAUGGUCUAAUCUCUAAGAAAUUGGAUAGAGUUCUUAUGAAUGAGCACUGGCCUCGCUCUUUCCCUCUGUCCUAUAGUGUCUUUGAAGCCGGCGGGAUCUCAGACCACCUCCGCUGUCGAAUCCACUUAACCUUGGAGAUAGCUCCAGCCAGAAAACCCUUCAAGUUCGUGAAUGUUGUUGCUGAACUGGAUAGUUUUCUACCGGUAGUGGAUGAAUAUUGGAAGUCCACAACUCCGAUUUUCUUGUCUACGUCGGCAAUGCAUCGGUUUACAAAAAAGCUGAAAGGCUUAAAGCCAUUGAUUCGCACUCUGGCUAAGGAGAAGAUGGGAAACUUAUCAAAGAAAGCUAAAGAAGCACAUGAAGAGCUCUGUAUUGCACAAGAACAGAGUUUGCUUAACCCUACGAGUCAAAACAUGGAGGCGGAAAAGAUAGCUUUCCGAAGAUGGGAAAAUAUUUCAGUCGUUGAGGAGAAAUACCUGAAGCAGAAAUCAAAACUUCACUGGCUAAAGGUAGGAGACAGAAACAACAAAUAUUUUCACAAGGGAAUUGAGGAGAGACGGGCUCACAAUACGAUCCGAGAGAUCUUGUGUCGUGAUGGCCAAACAGCGACUAGUGGAGAUGCCAUAAAACACGAAGCUGAGGGUUUUUUCAGGGAAUUUUUACAAUAUACACCGGCAGACUAUGAGGGCAUCACCAUCGAUAGUCUUCAAGAUCUCUUACCCCGGUGUAGAGAUGAGGACCACGCUAUGCUAGUUCGAGUCGUUAGUGCAGAGGAAAUCAAGGGAGUGUUAUUUGCAAUGCCAAAUGACAAAUCGCCUGGUCCAGAUGGUUUCACGACAGAGUUCUUUAAGAAGGCUUGGUCCCCUGGGCAUUUCGGGUUUUGGGACGGGAAUUGA